CGAUAUUUAGCACAAUAUAUCGAUUGACUUAAUCGCAUCCAUUUCGAAUUUUCACAGUAAAUUCAAUUAAAACUCCGCACAAAAAUUGCAUUAAAAAUGUCUGAUGAGCAAGUAAUUUGGGAGGAUAGCCUUUUGAUCAAGGCAUACGAUGACUCUAUCAACUUGGCACGAGAGACGCUGGCACGCCGCAUUGCCGAUUCAACCAACACGCGUGAGCCAAAUGGAGCCGAAAAAAAUGAAGCAGCUUCAACUUCAGAUCUCGAUUUGGAACUGCAGGAAGAGGCAGAGGAGCAGGAUAAUGUUUUCAAAGUUGGAGAUUUUGCACGUGCCACAUAUACCGAUGGGCUGGACUACGAAGGUACAGUGAUGUCUAUCAAUGUGAAUUCGGGCACCUGCGUGCUACGCUAUGUGGGCUAUGAAAACGAACAGGAGGUGCUCCUGACUGAUCUACUACCCAGUUGGGGUAGUAAGGCGCGGCGCGAACAGAUACUUUAUGCUAAACGCGCAGAGGCUGAGGAGGCGCAGCCUGAGCAGCGCUCCAAGACUGCCAAAAAGUCCGGAUCGAAAAGCAAGGCGUCAACGAGUGGCCGAAUGGCUGGUCCUUCACCUGGCUUGGUGAUGCCACCAAUGCCUCUUGUGCCACCCAUGUUUACGCCCGCUGGCGUUAUGGAUGGUGAGCCGGAACAGGAUUUUGUAGCCAUGUUGACGGCUUGGUAUAUGUCUGGCUACUAUACAGGACUCUAUCAGGGCAGAAAGGAGACUAGCGCAAAGAAGAAGUCAACCAAGAAGUAAUUACAUAUAUAAACUGAAAGACUCUGUUGUAGACAAUAAGAAUAAAUAUAU